UCCCUGACCUUCAGCUUUCACAGUGUAUAAGAAUGUGCUGAUGCCUGAAAUGCUAAUUCAUGGAACUGUCUUUCUCCUCUGUAGCCAGUAACAGCGCAUUGCUGAAUGCGGUCAGCAUGUUAUGUCUUCUGGGAAUUACAUCUUCCCUCAUUAGUCUCCCUCGCUCCGCUUUAGAGGAUCAGAUGCCGGUGAGGUUCAAGGCUCGGGCACUGCUGGCCGUGGAGGAGGACAGCGGUUCGGUGCAGCCCUUCAAUACAAAGGAGAUUAUAGGCUUUGUCAUCGGCUCUAUAUCUUCAGUACUGUAUUUAUGCUCCAGACUGCCACAGAUGUACACUAAUUUUCAGAGGAAGUCAACAGAGGGCGUGUCUUUUUUCCUGUUUGCUCUUGUGAUUCUGGGAAACACAACAUAUGGCAUCAGUGUGCUAGUGAAGAACCCAGAUCCAGGGCAGGGAGAGGCCAGCUAUAUCAUACACCACCUCCCCUGGCUCAUCGGCAGCCUGGGAACGCUCUCCCUUGACCUUAUAGUAUCCUUUAAAGCCACAUUUGAAACACUGAGCUGUGUGAGUGGGGUCACUGAUUCCCAACACAGCCCUCAUGGACCUAUAGAUGUGAGAUGUCUGGACGUGUAUUGUAAAUGAGAAUUUGGAGGAGAAAACAUGCUCAUGAAAUUGCCAUGAAAAUAAUUCCAUACCAAAAUUCGUAAUGGACCUAAAACAGGCUUUCUUGUAAACGUAAUAUUAUUUUAAUAAUGUAGCCACAAAAAUGUGUUACUUAAUAAUGAAUAAACGUUUUUGUCAAUGAAACCACGACACACUAGGAUUAUUAUAGUUAACAGUAUUUCAGUACUUAAAAUAAGGGACACUUUUGAUACUUUUUUUUAUGGCACCCACUUAAACUGCUCGAAUUCACUCAAAUUUU